AUGAAGUUGUCUGCUCUAUUAGCUCUAUCGGCAUCCACCGCCGUCAUGGCCGCUCCUGCUGUGCGCCACAACGAUAACCACCACCAUAACGAUAAGCGUGCCGUGGUUACCGUCACCCAGUUUGUUAACGCGGACGGUGCUGUUGUUAUCCCAGCUGCCUCCACUGGCGCUGCUGCGACUGCCACCGCAGUCGCCUCUAACACUGAGGUUAAGGUCGAGUCUGCCGCUACCACCGCUGCAGGUACCACCACCUUGUCCUCUGCCGCUGCCGCUGCCUCUUCUGCCUCCUCUUCCUCCUCCUCCGUUGGCUCUGCUGACUUCGAAGACGGUACCAUCUCCUGUUCCGAUUUCCCAUCUGCACACGGUGCUCUCUCCUUGGACUGGGUGGGUCUAGGCGGUUGGGCUUCCAUCAUGGACUUGGACGGUAACACUGCCACUUCUUGUCAAGAUGGCUUCUACUGUUCUUACGCCUGCUCCCCAGGCUCUGCCAAGACCCAAUGGCCUUCCGAGCAGCCUACAGACGGUAGAUCCGUUGGUGGGUUGUACUGUAAGAACGGUAAGCUGUACCGUUCCAACACCAACACCAACAGCUUGUGUGAAGAAGGCCAAGGUUCUGCCCAAGCCGUCAACCAAGUCUCCGGGUCCAUCGCUAUUUGCGGUACCGAUUACCCAGGUUCCGAAAAUAUGGUCGUCCCCACUGUCGUUGGCGCCGGUUCCACCGAACCCAUCAACGUCAUCAAGGAAGACUCCUACUACCAAUGGCAAGGCAAGAAGACCUCUGCUCAAUACUACGUCAACAACGCUGGUGUUUCUGUAGAGGACGGUUGUAUCUGGGGUACCGAUGGCYCCGGUGUCGGUAACUGGGCCCCAGUCGUCUUGGGUGCUGGUUACACCAACGGUAUCACUUACUUGUCCAUCAUUCCUAACCCAAACAACAAAGAAGCUCCAAACUUCAACGUCAAGAUCGAAGCCACCUCCGGUUCUACCAUCAACGGUGCUUGUUCUUACGAAAACGGUGUGUACACUGGUUCUGGCUCUGACGGUUGUACCGUUUCUGUCACCUCCGGUUCUGCCAACUUUGUCUUCUACUAA